GACGAAGAAGAAGCCGUCUUCAUUGUAUUUGCCAUCUGGUUGUGUUGCAGGCUGAAAUAAGAGAAAACAAACUAUCUGUUGGGGCUUUUAUCGUUUCAAUAUCGAGAUCAGGAAUCAUGACAACCAAGCAUGGACUGAUAACCGACUCAUUUAAGGUGGUGAAGAAAGCAAAGAGGAAGGUGAAACGUGAGAAGAGAGCUCCUCCUCCUCCACCACAGAAAGAGGACGAACCUAAAACGGUCCGGGACGAGGAACUGCACCGACUCAGACAGUUUGAUCUGGACUGGAGGUUUGGCCCCUGCACAGGUAUCAGCAGGUUGGAGAGAUGGGAGAGAGCAAAGCUUCAUGGUCUGAGCCCACCUGAGGAGAUCAGAGACCUGCUACAGCAAACACACACUGACCCUGAGUACAACCAGAGUCUAUGGAGCGAAUAUCCUUUGUGAGGAAGAAAUUGAGAUAAAGAGAUACAAAUUCAGGUUACAACAGUCAAGUUAUUUUAUAUCACCCCAAAUCAAAAUUAUUUCUCAGAUGGAUUUUCCUUUUGUCCUUAAGCCCUGAAAAUUCCAGAAAAGAAAAAAAAAAACUUUAUUGGAAAUAUAUUAAAAAGAGAAACCUGAAGAAGAACAAUGGUGGAGGGCUCCCUCUUUCAGGAUGGACCAGAAGGACACAACAUCCAGUUGUCUGUUUUUUAUUUUAUGAAGUGGCACGCAACAUUUUCUUCAUUAAGAUUUUAAAUAAAAAAAAAAAAAAAGAAUAAUACAAAAAUACUGUCUUCUUCUGUCUUGUGGUGUAUUAUGGUGGGGGUGGGGUGGCAUAACAAUGGAGCCUAAAGAACACGGUUCACCCACAAUGGUAGUUGACUAUAGCCGUGUUUCGACUAGGGGUGGAAAGUGUCCACCGGGAAAGUCUCAGGUCAUACCCUCUCAAAGGUCCGCUCAUUCUGCGUGUUUCGACUACAAGCCCCCAGACGGAUUUCGAGACUCUGGAGGUGACGUAUGGUUUUCACUGUUGCUAACUGUGCACAAAGUCAGCAGCUGAAAGCAGCAUGGCUAAUUAUGCACAGAGUCUCCCUGAUCAUAAACAUAGUGAUUGUGAAUUAACGGCUUUGCUAACUGUGCACAGAGUGUCUGGUGCUUGUUGUAAACAAACAGAUUGCUAAGUGAACACCUCCUGUAGCAGCAGCACAUUCACACUGUACUGCUACAGAGCUAACUGUAGCUAACUGCCACUAACGGCGGCUCUUUUUAACAAGCCGACUCCUUCUUACUCUUCUUAAAGAGCUGCUAACGAGCCGGCUCAUUAGCAAGAAGAAUAAGGAGACGCUGGAUUUGUCUCCAGACGCUUUCUUGAAAAAUAGUCGCUAAGGGGAUCUGAAAAGU